UUUAAGUCAAUUCAAAAUUUAUCUAUGCUUUCAUCUAAGAAUAAAUACGUAGGCUCAGAUUUUUCAGGUUAUUUAGAACCAAAGGGUAUCUAAGGUUCUCUUUAACAAAAUGAUAAUCUUUGCUAAAAUCUAAAUUUGACAGAAUACUCAAGAUCGUCUAAACCAGAACAAGAAAAAGUAAGCAUUAGGAUAAAUUAGCAAUUAAAAUUAAAAUGGCAAGAGAUAGCAUAAGAUUGGCAAAAGUAUUAGAGAGACGUUAAAGUUAUUUAAUUAGCAGAAUUUGGAAUACCUUUUAGUUCAAGAAGAUUUAUGUGGCCUUUAAUUGUUGGUAAUAAGCAUCAAAUUACUUUGGAGUUAUUUGAAAUUUUAUCUGAAUAAGUAUAAAACAUUAUUAUUGAUGGUAAAUAUAAUUAUGGAAGAUUAAAUUCAAUUAAAUUAAUUGAGAAGGACUUAGGGAGAACUUUUGAUGUUCCAAGUAUGAAUAUUUUAAAAUAGGUCUUCGAAACAUUUUUUCUUCUGGAGGACCUCUUAGUGGAAGUCUAUAAUCAAUAUUGGAGACAUUUUGCCUUUAUCGUCCAGAUAUUGGAUAUAUUUAAGGGAUGACCUAUAUUGCAUCUAUACUCUUGACUUAUUUAGAUGACUAUUAAACCUUUAUAAUUUUUAGCAGUCUUAUAACACAUCCAUAAUUGCUUCCCAUAUAUUUACUUGAUACUAAUUUACUUUAGAUAAUUUUUUUGCAAUUUUAAAAAUUGAUAAAAAUAAACAUCCCUUAAACAUAUCAAUUGCUCAAAUCGUACAAUAUUGAUUGCUCAAAUUUCUUAUUGGAAUGGACUAUAACAUUAUAUGCUAAACCUCUAAAUCCCGAUAUAGUUGGGCGAAUUUGGGAUAGGAUGUUCUUUGGUGGAACCAAUAUAUUAUGGAAGACAGGCAUCGCUUUGCUGAAGUUAUUAUCACCAAAAUUUAAAGAUUUAGAAACUACACUUCAUUUAUUGAAAUAACCUUAAGUAAAUGAAGAAGAGUUACUUAAUGAGAUCAAUUUAGUGGAUUAUCCAGAUAAUAUUUCAGAAAUUCUAUAUAAUGUAUAACUAUGA